GAUAGUUUUGUUGAGCAAAUUAUCGGAACUCCUGCUACUGAACUCUUGGAGGGCACUAAUGAAGCUGUAAUUAGUGAUUACUUGCAUUUAUCUCCAUUCUUUUCUUGGUAAAUUAUAAUCUAAUAUCUAUACUUUAUACAGGAACUUGAUGACCCUCUCCCAGUUCCUGAUAUAGUUAAAAAUAUCAUUGGAAAGACUUACCAGUUCGUAGUCUGUGUUGAGCAAGACAACAUCUCAAGAGGAAAUGAUGAAUACAAAGUGAAUGAGGUUUUAACAAGUCAGAACCUCAAUCAAGCUGACCUUAAAGCUGAAGUUGAUUAUCCUGUGGAUCUUUCAUCCAUGAGUUCCAGUGACCAGGUAAUACAUUUUAAUAUUUUCAGUGUGAUUUAUAUGAUAUGAUGAUCUUUAUUGUUCCUUACUCGCCUAAAUAAAAAUUCAUUUUGUUUUAGGUUUUGAUGCUGACUAAUAGUUCUGAUAAGGAUGAGACUAUUAAUACUUCACUGUCUACACCAUCAUCAAAGAGAAAAGAAGAUGGUUCGGAUGGAUAUGAUCAAAACUCCACAAGCAAGAAACAAUGCACUGGAAAACAAUCUGAUGCUAAAGACAAUGGUGUCAUUGGUGUAGACAAUUCGAAGAAAAAUGAUCAGCCUACUGAUCUUAAAGUCGAUGGUGUCGUUGACUUAGACAAUCCGAAGGAACAUGAUCAGCCUAAGUUUCUACACAAACUUGAUGAGGCAGGUCAAGAAGCCAUCACCAAAGUCAGUGAAGCAGAACAGAAGAAAGUUCUUUUGAAGAAGAUUAAGGUUGAGAAGAUCGAAGGUCAGAAGGGAGCAAAGUGAGGGAGGGAAUACUCAACGAUCUAAAAUAAAGUUUAUCUGAUGGAU